CCCCUAAUAUAAACAAUGUUCUCUGUGUCUCUCUCCAGGUACGACGAUUAUUACUACUACCCUCCCCCGUCCCACAUGCCUCCCCCGGGCCGAGGUCGGGGUCGAGGAGGGAACCGUGGCGGCGGUGGCUAUUCUAACUACCCGCCCGACUACUACGGCGGCUAUGAUGACUACUACGACUACUACGGCUACGACUACCACAACUACCGCGGCGGCUACGAGGACCCGUACUACGGCGGUGGCGGCGGCUACGAGGACUUCCAGGCGCCCAAUCGCGGACGAGGGGGCGGCGGCAGCAGGGGCCCCAGAGGAGGAGGCUCUUCUCCGGGCAGAGGAAGAGGCGUCGGGCCCCCUAGAGGACGAGGAGGUGGAGGAGGAGGAUUCUCCCCGAGAGGAAUGGGACGCGGAGGACGAGGAUCACGAGGAGGAGGAGGAGGUCUGCAGCCGAGAGGGCGAGGAGGGGUACGUGGUGCUCGGGGUGGCCGCGGUGGAAAUGUAGGAGGAAAACGUAAAGCUGAUGGGUACAACCAGCCCGAUUCCAAGCGGCGCCAAACCAAUAAUCAGAACUGGGGCUCUCAACCCAUUGCUCAGCAACCGCUCCAAGGCGGAGAUCAUUCUGGAAAAAGAGGGGGAGGCUGGUCCUGAUGUGUCGCUAUGAAGAAGACCCAGUGUGAGGCUCUGCUACACACUUUCUGCUACACACU